CUUUUGUUAAUGUGACAAAAUGUUUGCGAUACUCAACAAAAUGUUAUAAUUGACGGCUGGCUGAACGCUUUUUAUACAGCUUGGGAGUCACCUGGCUAGGUAAAUAAACUCGCAUAAGCUGAGCAUGAGUCAAGUUCAAUGACGAAAUAGUAAAUUUAAAUUGUAAGUGCCAAAGCGUGAAAUUGUUGCCAUCCCGCCUUAAUUUAUAUAAAAUGCUAAUGCGCGCGACUAACUGGAGUUAGUACAACAGCCAAGCUAGCACUUGAUACAAAUAAAUUGGAUAUACCUACAUAUAUAUAAAAUUCAAAAUGUGGAAAAAGUUCUGUACUCUACUGCUCUGCAGCAGCCUCUUGACGGUAGCUAGCGCUCAGAUCUACAAUCCCUACAACACACCCAGCCCAACAUUCUCUACAUUGAAUAACUAUUACAACCCCACACCUUAUCCAUACAAUUAUUACAAUCCCAAUGCGAAUAACUAUUAUAGCAACAACAACGAUGUCAAAAUACGCAUUUGGCCUUAUGUCAUUGGACAAUAUCUAUAUCCUUCAUACUAUAACAACAACAUCAACGAUCCCUAUGCCUCGUUCAAUAAUCCCAACUGGCAGAGCUAUUAUGCCAAUGUCUACCAAAAUCAAAAUAAUUGGGGCAAGAAAUAGUUUAUAAGUUUAAGAUU